AUGAAGAAGCCAUGCCCGGUGUACUCCACGCACAAGGCGUCGCUAAACCAGUUUGGCCGACAGACCAAGGUUAUCGGCAAGGGAACGGGCGGCACCGUGCGCCUGCUUCAGGGCGCCGAGCACCGGUUGUUUGCUGUUAAGGAGUUUCGCAAGCGGCAACCGGACGAGACACCGCGCGCGUACAUGAAGAAGGUGACAUCGGAGUUCUGCAUCGGCUCGUCAAUUCAUCAGGAGAACGUUAUUGAGACCCUAGACCUGAUUUUUGAGGGUGACCACGUGUAUGAGAUCAUGGAGUAUUGCCCGCAUGACCUAUUCACGUUUGUCACCAUGGGAGGCAUGGAUUUAGAUGAGACAUUCUGCUGGUUCAAGCAAGUGUGCCAGGGUGUCCAGUACCUGCACAAAAUCGGCAUUGCCCAUCGUGAUCUCAAGCUCGAGAACUGCCUACUGACGGACCGUGGUGUUGUCAAGAUCAUCGACUUUGGCUGCGCAACGGUGUUCAAGACGCCCUUCCAGAAGGAGCCGAGCAAAGUUGUCGGCGUGUGUGGGUCCGACCCGUACAUUGCGCCUGAGGUUCUGAACUCGCGGCGUCAGCUCCCUUACUACGCACAGGUGGCCGAUAUCUGGUCGGUGGGCAUCAUGUACAUGUGCAUGACGUUACUCAAGUUUCCCUGGCGCAUUGCCGACAUGGAGAGGGACCGCAACUAUGGCUCGUACAUCAGGGACUGGCCUCGCGGCCGGGAAAAGCUGUUUGCGCAACUGCCCAAGUUGCGGCUCGACGGCCAGAAGGUCAUUGAGGGCAUGGUAUAUCCCGAGACCAAGGGCCGCCUCACCAUGGACCAGGUCAUGGAAAGCGAGUGGAUGAAGGACAUUGAGGUCUGCCACAGCGCCAUUCCAGCCAAAUCACACACUCAUCAUAUGAAGGUCGAGUAA